AUGUGGUUACGUUUCAUAAUAACUUUCGUUUGCUUCCAACAAAUACGUAAUGAAGAAAUCCUUCGAAUUAAUAAAUUCGAAAUGGAAACCAAACUAGUUGAGCUCAUCAAAACUGCUGGACACCAACAUAAAUUUCAGACGGUAUUAUUAAAAUACGAUGAAACUGUUGAUAGUUGUGGCGAAUUGGAUUUCUAUAUCAAAUUUUUGAAUUCAACAAUUAUAAUUGAAAAUCUGCAUAGAACCUGGUAUGUGAAGGGGACUAUAAAUACCAACAUCUUAAGUGUAGUUUGUUUGAAAGGUUUAACCACUGACUUUAAAAUCGAAUUGGAUUCGUACUUUGAAAGUUUGAAGCGUAUCAGAGAUACGAAAAUGAUAUUCUAUAUCAAUCACAAUGAAAGUGCUAAUUAUUUGACAAAAUUGGAGGAUUUUUUUAAAUAUUGUUGGCAACAGAAAUCGCUCAAUGUUAUAGCUGUAUUUAAAGACUAUUACCUAACGAAGUACUAUUAUGCCUAUAGGCCUUUUCCAAAAUUUAAGAUGGAAUUUAAAGUAAACACAAAUAACAGUGAGAUCUUUCCCUAUCGUUUAAAGGACAUAAUGGGUUAUACACUAUUAACACUGCCUGAUCAGGCUGAACCAAGAACUUAUUUGACUUAUUUGACUGUAAUUAAAAAAAAGGGUAAAAUCAAAAUUUCCGGUUAUGUGGGUCACUUUAUACAUCUUUUAGCAGAGCGUUUGAAUGCUACACUCAAAUUUCCAUUUCCUGUUAAAAAGGGUGAAUUGUUGUUCUAUGGUUAUUUAGAGAAUUUGGCCAGAAACUAUACUAUAGAUAUAGCUGGUACUGUAGUUCCUGUGCUAGAUAUUAAAUACUUGCUGGACUAUUCAUAUCCUUAUCAAAUUACCAAUAUUUGUCUAAUGAUACCUCUAGCCAAAACUAUGCCACUUAAAGAAAUAUUUUUCCACAUGAUGAAUGGAAAAGUUUGUAUUAUCAGUGUUUUAAAUUUGUAUCUAUUCACCAUGGUAUUAAAUGUUAAAAAGUUGAGUGUUUUUACGAGGCAAACUGCUGGAGGGGCAAAAAAUAUAAUUAAAUUUUCCGAUCUCAUUUUAAAUGAUGUUGCUCUAAGGGGUAUUUUGGGACAACCCUUUAAAAUGUGGCUUAAAGCUGGAUUUGUUAUCAAGUGUAUCUACGUUCUACUAUCGCUCACUGGUCUAUAUCUCAGUCUAACAUAUGUAGCAUUUCUACAAACACUUUUAACGCGUCCACUCAAGGAGAAACAAUUAAAAACAUUCAGUGAUCUGCGUCAAAACAAAAUCUAUACUUUGGUAUCGGACUCAGAAGUUUCACAUUAUGAAAAUAUGGGCAUGUCAUUUAAUCUCUUGUUAAAAACUGUAUCCUAUGAGGAAUUUACUUAUUUACGAAGUCAUUUAAACAAUACUUACGCCUAUCCCACCGACAAUAUGAAAUGGGAAACACUCGUCAAUCAGCAGCAGAAUAUGUUUAAAAAUAAAAUAUUUAUGUUUUCCAAUGAUGCCUGUUUUUUGCGUACAAAUUUCCUGAGUUUUCCUCAAGCUGAAAACUCUAUAUAUCGUGAACCUUUACAUAAUCUGAUUAUGCUGGUAAGAGAUCAUGGUUUGGUGGAACGUUGGUUUCAAACUAACUUUUUGGACAUGUUGGCUGCUGGCAAAAGUACAUUAAUUGAUUUUAGUGUACCGAAAGAAGAAAAGCGACCGCUUCGUGUGGAUGAUAUGGAAUUGGUUUUCAUAUAA